ACUAGGGGUACAAUGAUUUCUGUGAACAUGACCUGUUCAAGUAAUCAUUACUUCAGCUGGCAUUCACAGCCACUCAUCAAUAAGACAGCUGCCGGGAACGUACUACUUGCUGGUGCAAUACUUGUGAGUGGAGAGUCGUUCACACUCGUGAAGUCAAUGUGUGAUGCUUUUGGACUUGUGAUUUUUGGUGCAUCAACAUACUACGACGUUCAAAAUAAGUGGCUGUUUCCUGCAGUGAACAAACACUGGCAGGAUGAGAGAGAUAGUGUGUUGAGAACUCUACAGUCACAGCCUCAGCCACUAACAAUUCUUGGGGAUGGGCAAUGUGACAGUCCAGGCUUUUCUGCUAAGUAUGGAGUCUACUCUGUUGCAGAGCAGAGCUCAAUGAAAAUUAUUGAUUUUGAGCUGGUGCAAGUGGGAGAGCAUGAGGUCAAAUACUCCCAACAUCUUGAGCCGACAGGAUUCAAACGAAUUGUAACAAGAUUGCUGGAACACGGCUUGAACAUCGGCACCAUUGCUACUGAUCGCCACACAACAAUCCGUGCAAUAAUCCGAAAGGAUUUCCCAGGCUUGCAACACCAAUUUGAUGUUUGGCACAUGGUGAAAGGUGUGCAGAAAAAGCUGUUAUUGGGAGGGAAGAAGAAAAGUUGCAAGAUGAUUCUUCCCUGGGUGAAAAGUGUCUCCAAUCAUCUAUGGUGGUGUGCAGCAGAAUGCAAGGGCGACGCAGACUUACUGAGAGAGAUGUGGGUUUCCAUUGUGAACCACAUCGUAAACAAGCACGCCUGGAACUAUGGCAGUUGCUUCCACAAGUGUGCUCAUGCAGCAUUACACGAAACGGAUACUACAAAGUACCUGAAAGCAGGAUCACAGGCACACAAGCUUUUGACCUCUGUUGUAAUGGAAAAGAGACUAUUGCGAGACGUGGGUCACCUAACACAGUUCUGCCACACUGGUCCGCUGGAGGUAUACCAUAGUCUGCACCUUAAAUAUGCUCCAAAGCGUCAUCAUUAUAGCUACAAAGGAAUGCUGGCAAGAUCACAACUGACAGCUUUGGAUCACAAUGAAAAUGCAAACAGACUGCAGGCAGUUGAUGCAGAUGGUAAAAAGCUUUACAGGCCAGAAUAUCCUAAAUCUCAGAAAGAUUGGAUCUUGAAAAAACGAUACGAGAAAAAGACCUUCGGCUUCAGGCACGACAUUUUAUGUACUGCCCUAGAGUUGCGACAAGGUGGUAAGUAUUUUUUAACAAAAACGAUAUAAUUAUGUGUUACAGAACACGUUAAUCCUGGCAUUACAAGUUAAAGCACUGUAAAUCAUGAAACUCAAUUUAU